AGAAUAUUCUAUCAUUCUUGGGAGAUUACAUAUAUGGAUUUUAUACACAAGUACGACAUCUUUCAUUCGAAAAUCAAUAGCUGUCAAAUUUAACAGCUGAUUUUCAUUGCGUGUAUGACAGAAAGUUCGGGAGCGAAUAGAAAUUUUUUGAGCAUAUUUUGGCUUUGACAAAAACUAUAAAAGGCGAAAAUAACAAAGAAUGGAACAAUUCAAAGGUUUAGGGAAGACUCUUUAUAUAUGGUCACAAUCAGCUCUUGUACAGGCUAGCACAGAAAAGUUGAAGGAGGUCACCGGUGGCGAAGUUGUCUUGGAGAAUAUACAUCGCUUAAGCUUUGCAACCUACGGCGAAUCUACAUUCGAUCUUAUCGUGGUUGAAAAUGCACAGUUGACAGAUGCGUUCGAUAAGCUCUUGCGUCUUUUGAAGCCAAAUGGAAAGUUGCAUUUGGCCAGUAUUUUCGGAACUCCAGAAGUAUUUCAGCAAGAGUUAAAGCUCUCUGGUUUUAUAAACGUAAGCAUAAACAAGGAAGACGGCACAUUGACCUCUCAGAAACCGAAUUACGAAACUGGCUCAGCAGUGAAGCUGUCGUUCGCUAAAAAAAAUGGUCAAGCAGCCUCCGUAUGGAAAGUGAAUGGUGAUGGGGACGAGGAGUUGAUUGAUGAAGAUGAUCUAUUGGAUGAAGAAGACAAGAAAAAGCCAGACCCCGAAAGCUUGAGAGUUUGUGGCACGACUGGUAAGCGAAAGGCUUGUAAAAAUUGUUCCUGCGGUUUGGCGGAAGAACUUGAAUCUGAGGCAGCACAGAAAGCUAAAGCAGACACGGCUAAUGCUAAAUCAAGCUGCGGAAGUUGUUACCUGGGUGAUGCUUUUCGCUGUUCAACGUGCCCCUAUCUGGGUAUGCCGGCUUUCAAGCCUGGUGAAAAAGUAGAAUUGGCUGGCAAUUUGCUUAAGGAUGAUUUAUAAAGUGUCUUAUAGGCGUUUUAUAUUUUUUUUUUUGCUGAACUGAAAUUUAUUUGUAUUUAUACUUAGAAGUAGCCCGAAAUGUAAUACUUAUGUAAAAUUAUAUCUGAUAUCUAAAUGAACAUGUAUUGAGAAAUGAA